AAAUAACGCGGGAUCAGAGAUUAUAAAUACACAGAGCGGGACAUGUUGAGCGUUGAACUAAACAGUAUCGAACUUCUCGUAUAGCUCGAAUCUGUAUAAAAAUAUAUAUUAACUUUGAAACUUAAAAGGAGGAAACAAUACACGGUUACAUGUUUGCCCUUGGACCGAAGUGCAUUUAAAGGAAAUAAUACCCGCUAACGCCGAAAAUUGUGUACUUUUUUUUCUUUGCAGACGUUUUGUUAGCUCGUUCCAGCUAACCAGCUGGUUAGCUUACUAAAUGGAUAUCACAGAGAAUAUAUCUGCUAGGGUUUUGCUUAGACGGAUUCUCGUUGAUGAGCCACCGAGGACUCCAAUAACCAGCAGUGCCCCCCAGGAACCAGGUUCCAGCAGAUCCAGUCCCAGACUGAAACAGAAACGUCUUGAAGCCCAAACCCCACAGGACAUUGUGAGACGCAGCCUGCGGCAGAAGAUCAGAGAAAGUAUAUCCAGAAGAUCCUUGCCUCCAAUUAAGCGGAGAACUGCCUCAAUCAGAAACACAAAUGCUUCUGCAGCAUCUUCCAUGCUUAUAAGUGAUGGAGAGACUCCAAGGCACUUGCUUAGGAACAUUUUGCAGACCGAGCCAGUAAAGUCUCCCAUAGUUCAUAAAAGGAGUCCCGAUAAAGAACCGGAAUCAUCUUCAUCUGAUGAUGCCAUCACGAAGACUAGACCCAGUAUUGAGCUGUCUGGACUGGACCUGCCUGACCUAACUUUUAGGAAUGCUGAGAGUACCAUAAAGGUACUUGGCAGAAAGCGACCACGGCGGAGUCUUAAUGUAACAGCCUUUGAAAAACGUCUGAAAAAGGAUGACGAUGACGAAGAACCUGAAAAUGUAACAGGAGAACCUUCAUCUCUUUCUUUGUCAAGUUCCACCUCUUUGAGUCUGAAAACACCUUUUGUUGACAUUCAAACUGAGAAAAAAGCGGGGUUACGAAGGAGAGUCUCCAGCCGUCGAAAGCUCACAGAGGAAGAAUUUGGGGCGGCUAUUGACGAACAGCAGAUAGGAGGCGUGCACCGCAGCGUGCUGGCAGAGAAAACCCAGAGCGACACAGCCCACACUGAAGGGUUUACUCUGGGUCUAAGCAAAUUUGACGAGCCGGACAUCACGGCCGAUAUUGUAACUUGCAGCACGGCCCUCUACAACCAACCAGAUGCGAUGACCUCCAACUUUUCCGUCAUCGCAAAUCAGGACAAAUCCACAGUCAUGGCGUCUCCGCUGCAGAGAGAGGAUGAGCAGAACUUCCUGAGGAAAGACGAAUCUGCCUCUGAAGUUGAAGCAGAGGCUGUGACUAAACCUGAGCAAGUCGGAGAGGAAGGUUCUGGUGAAGAUCAAAGUGGGGAAUCUGACAGUCAAAGUGAUGCUGCUCCUGGAUUGUCAGAGCCAGAAGAGGAUGAAGGUGCUGCUGGAUCACAGACUGAGGGGGAGAUGGCUGAUAUUCAAUCUGAAGAUGUGGAGACGAGCUCUCAGGGUGAAGAAGAGGCGGCUGCACCAGACAUGCAAACUGAAGAGGAAGAGGAACAUCCCGCUGACUCACAAACUGAAGAGGAAGAACGACGUCCCGCUGACUCCCAAACUGAAGAGGGUGAGGCAGAGUCUCAGUCCACAGUGGACAGUUCUCAAUCUGACCAAGAACAUGCAGAUCCACGUCCUCCUUCUGAUGAAGAUGACCGGAUUGGAACAGAUGUUGCAGACUUUCAAGAUGAAGCGAUCGGCCCGUCUGAAAAUGUUGAAGCAGGGUCCAGUUCUGAGGAAGAUGAAAACGCAGAAGAGGAAGUUGAAGAAGAAGAAGAAGAGCCUGGCGGUUUGGAGCACAUCAGUCGUAGGGCUAAUGCUACCUCUGGAAGAUUCAUCGUGGCGGCCUUAGAUGAAGAGGAGGAUCUGGCCCAAAACACUGCAGCAGGUCGAUCUCUUCCCGAGUCCAAACCAAACGCCUCCUUGGAAGUUGGAAGCCCCGACAGCAGCCCACCUCACAGUUUGAAGUCUGAGGAGGCUGAACCCGCCGAGCAACAGCAGGACGUGUCCGGCAGCAAAAACAAAUCUGUGGCAGAAAAGGAAGAAUCCUUUCAUCUUCUGGGUUUGACGCAGCACAUCGAAGAUGACCAGGAGAAGAUGGACUCUCCACCAGAAGAAGCUCCAGAUCAAGACGCUGCUGAGCAAGAGGAGGAGUGGGAGGAUAAUGAUGAUGAUGGGGAAGAGGAAUUCUCUGGAAAGACGCCAGCGUUCGUCAAAGAGAAAAGAACCUUUUAUCAACCGGAUUCUCCAACUUUAACUCCUGUUUCUAAAAAGGUUCAACUCAGCGUCACAAACGAAGUGGUACCUCCAGCUAAACCGAAGCAGGCGAGACGGAACAAGACAAAAGUCUCUACGGGGAAACCCGUCCUUUCUAAGAACUAUCUUAUGAGUGUCUUCAGACACUUUUCCAAAACUAAAGUAUCUUCCGAUGUCUUCCCCGUCCUAAAUGACAUAAUGGAUACGUUUUUUGACCGGAUGGCUCAAGAUCUGGAGACCUAUGCGGCCCACGCUAAGAGGAAAACUAUUGAGGUUGAAGAUGCUAUACUCCUCUUGAGAAGGCAGGGUCACGUGAAUGACAAGGUGCCGGUGGAGGUGCUCAUUGAAAAAUAUCUUCGUAUGGAGCAGCGAAAACUUCUGAUUCCCAUUGCAACCAGCGGAAACGUCGUCGUCCCUAAAAAGAGAAGGUGAACGCUCUCCAAACAGCGGAUUCCAGACACCAUCAGGAUAUUUAAUAUUCUGCUGUAAAUGUGUACAAUUUUCUGUAUUUAAAAAAAGUAUUCCUGAAAGGAUAGCUUUGUGCAUAUUGCAUGCAUUGGUUUGGACAAAUAUCCUUUGUUUGUUGCUCCUGCAGCACUUUUUGACUAAAAAAAUGUCUGAAAAUAAAGCUGAUUGGGGAAAAAUA